AAAACGCUCAAACUGUCAGCCAAAAGCGACUGUUGAUAAUUUGGCUGAUUACUGUAUGUACACCCGUGUGAAGCUGACUCACCAUAUUAACCAAUAUUAAUGAUAAAGCUACUGUUAUCGUCUAUAAAUACAUAUGUAUUUAUCUAUGCUGUCCGCCUUGUAUGUAACGUAACUAUGCUGCGCAUUCAAUCACAGAUCACAGUACAUAUAUAAAAUUAUCCCUUGAUAGCAUCUCAUUCCGAGCCCCUCAAUCUCAUGGCGUGUCCAAUAACAUUCCUCAUCGUUCCUAACUACGAACUACCUCCGAGUCGUGAAUCAAUAAGAAAUAGCGACUACUACUUGAUAACGUCUCGUCCAGUUUUUCAAGUCACGUGACACUAACAAGGGAAAGCUGUAGUUACAAGUGUCAGAUUCACAAUUGAGAAUUGAGUGUCGUUGGGGCAAGACAUGGAGGUAAUUGAAAAGUAUUCCAGGACGAUUCCGACUAAUUUUUAACUAUGUUGACUGUCAUCAGUUAAUGAGAAGGUGAUCCUAAUCAAGAUCGUAAGAUAUACAUUCGAGAUAUUGAAAUUGUGCGUAUCAGUGAUGUUAAACAAUGUCAAUGAUUUUUAACGUUAUUACAAUUGUCGACUUAGUAUGUCACUUGAUCGUCAAGUUCGUAAUAGAUUUCCCAUAAAUUCGGUAACAGACUGUGAGUUAAAAAACUGUGUUGCUCCACCGAAAUGUCGUUUUUAAGAAUCGUUCGUAAAUAGCUACUAUCCAUUGAAAUUUGGUGUAAUGAUUUUCAAAGUGUCAGAUGGUUCAUUCUGGAUGCCAAAGUUUCUGAUCAACAAGAUUCUGAUUUAUUGACACAGGCGAGAGAAAAGUAAAAAUGACUGAGAGUUUAAUAAAUGAAUGGCUGGCGGACUGUGCGGAUGUCUCGUCUUCAGAGCUUCACACUUUUGCUUCAACUUUAUUACAAGACAAUGAGAUUGUCAGAGCACUUUAUGUGCUUUUGGAAGAGCGUAGUAAAUACAGUCAGUUGAUGGACACAGUAUGUGAUCAGUUAUACAAUUUUUACCGUUCUCGGGAAACAGAACUGCAAAGGUUUACCUUGCAAUUUUUGCCGACAUUGGUAUAUAUUUAUUUAAAUUCUGCAGCUCAUGGUGAUAUCAAGAAUUGCCGGUCUGUGGAAACAUUAUUGAUUGGACUGUAUAAUCUAGAAAUAGUGGACAAAACUGGGCAACAAAAAGCAAUUUCUUUUAGAGUACCCUCUCUUGCCAUGCUGUCUAUAUUUCAUGAGCCUGCAAGUUUAGCACCUGCUUCCUUAACAGAAAGUGCUGUGCGUAGAUUUGAAGAAUGUAAUACAAAAUUAGUUAGCUGGGGACCGCUGCAUCAAGUAGAAACGUUGAAUGCACAGAACAGAUUAAAAGUGAUGACUGCUCUUCUCUUCAUUUAUAAUCAACAACUUGGUUAUAUAAAUAAAUUUGCUUUAGAACAAUUAUGCAAAGUUGCAACCAAACUUGUCACUCAAGGAUUCAUGAAACCAGGACAUCAUCAAAGAUCAUCGUAUGGAAGCGAGUCUAGUUUUGUUCCCAGGCUACUACCUCGUAUACCUGUAUCAAGUCAAUUUCUCCUUGAAUUUUUACAUGCUGUAUAUUUUGCUAUGUACAAUGACUGCUGGUACUUAGGUACACAAGCAGUGGAAGAUAUUCACAAUCGAGCAUGUUAUGAAGCGUACCCAGAUGUCAUGCUAGUCACAAACGCUAUACGUAAUUCUGCCAGUUCUGGACCAUCAGGUCAACUUAGCGAUGGAUCCAUUGGUGUAAGCAUUGCAUUGUCACCAAGUGCGACUGCAACAGUAUCUAAGUCCAUGAUUACAAACGCCUCCUUCCGGACGAAAAAAUUACCAGAUGACAUACCGAUUCAAGUUACGAAAGAAGAUUCCGGUGGAGAAGGUAAAAGUAAUCUUGUAUCAAUCAGUGAAGAAGACACAGCAGAGCCAAACAGAGUUGGUUCGAUGAGACAAUCGAAAGAUCAGAAAACUGCGUCGAAAAUCGCGAAUUUUCCGGUUCUUGGGAAAAAGCCUAGGGAAAAGGAUGGCAAGGUGGCUAAAAAUGCACAUGCCAGUGUCUCAGACAAAGAAAAGAAACUUGGAUCUCAGACGACUUCAAAAGAGAGUAUUAAAGGUAGUUCUUCAAUGUUAAAUAGUGAACCGACAGAGCUUGAUGGAAACGUAAAUGGGUGUUCAAUCAGAAAAAAGAAUACUAGCGUAGAAAAUAAUUCAGUUACAGUAGAUGCUAAUGUUUCAUUAAUCGAUGGUGAACGUCACGCGUUGGGCGGAGACAUAGAUAAUACUAAUAAGGAGACUACAAUUAACUUAAGAGCACACAAUGAAGCAGAUUCAUUGACUUCAUCUAUCCAGGUCAGCUCUGUUUAAAUUAUGAAAGAAAGUAGAUUUAGAAAAUGGAAACGAAAUAGUAGUGGUGGGCUAUACUGAAUAAAUAUAAAGUUUCCUUUUUCCACGUCGGUUGUAUAUAGUUUUUCCUUUCAAUGUAGUGGUUCUUUAAAGAAUAUUGAGUCAGCAUUUAAGGAAGUUUUGUGAUUUAAGAUAAAGAACAUUGUACACGUCACAUUUUUUCAGACAUGGCUCAUUACUACACGGAUCUCCGUAACAAAUUAAAAAAAAAAAAAAUGAAAAACAAUAUAAUAGGGAAGGGAACAAUAAAUUAAGACGAUGUACGAUUUCUUUUGUUGGAUGUACAUAAAUAUGCGUUAAAAGAUUCUGUUAAUUGUCUUUAUAAUAUGUGCUUUGAUAUAUUAAACAUGUGUUUUAACAUA